GGUUCUGAGUGCCAUGACCCUCCCUCUCUCUGUGUUGUACAGGAGGACUUGGAGCGGACCCAGUGUAAUGUGUUAGCGGUGCAGGCCAUCACCUCUCUGGUUCUGAGUGCCAUGACGCUCCCUACGGCUGGGAACCCUGCAGUCUCCUGUCUGGAGCAGCAGCCCAGGAACAAGACUCUUAAAGUGCUGGACACACGGUUUGGCAGGAAGUUGUCAGUGAUCCGAGGAGUGGUGGAGAGAGAGAUCCAGGCUAUGGUGUCGAAGAGAGACAACGUGCACACGCCCCACCCCUACCACACCUGGGACCCUGUCCCCUCCCUGUCUGCUGUCUCACCAGCAGGUGCACUGAUCAGCCAUGAGAAGCUCCUGCUCCAGAUCAACACAGAGAGAGAGAUGGGCAACAUGGACUACAAACUGGGACAGGUGUCCAUCCAUUCUGUGUGGCUGGGGAACAACAUUACCCCUCUGAGAGAGGAAGAGUGGGGUGAGGAUGAGGAAGAUGAGACUGAUACUCCGGCCCCCGCCUCUACUCCUACCUCUCCUAUCAACUCCAGGAAGCAUCGUGCAGGUGUAGACAUCCACUCCUGUUCUCAGUUCCUGUUGGAGCUAUACAGCCAGUGGCUCCUCCCCGGUUCCCCUAGCAACAGACGCACCCCUGUUGUGCUCAUCAGCGAGGUCGUCCGAUCGCUGUUGGCGGUCUCUGACCUGUUCACAGAGCGUAACCAGUUUGAGAUGAUGUUCACCACUCUGAUGGAGCUUCAGAAGAGCCAUCCUCCUGAAGAUGAGAUAGUGAACCAGUACCUGGUGCCUGCUGUCUGCAAGGCUGCAGCUGUACUGGGCAUGGACAAGGCUACGUCUGAACCUGUGUGUCGGGUGUUGGAGGUGACCCUGCGCAGCACCCACCUCCCCAGCCGUAUGGGAGCGCUGCACGGCCUUCUCUAUGUACUGGAGUGUGACCUGCUGGACGACACGGCCAAGCAACUGAUACCUACUGUCUCUGACUACAUACUGAGUAACCUACGGGCCAUAGCACACUGUGUGAAUCUGCACAACCAGCAGCAUGUCUUGGUGAUGUGUGCUGUGGCCUUCUACAUGAUGGAGAACUACCCUCUGGAUGUAGGAGCUGAGUUUACAGCUGGGGUUAUACAGAUGUGUGGUGUGAUGGUGUCAGCCAGUGAAGACUCUACACCCUCAGUGAUCUACCACUGUGUGUUGCGUGGGUUGGAGCGCCUCCUGCUGUCGGAGCAACUAUCUCGUAUGGACGGAGAGGCGCUGGUUAAACUGAGUGUAGACAGGGUUAACAUGCCCAGCCCUCACAGAGCCAUGGCUGCACUGGGUCUCAUGCUCACCUGCAUGUACACAGCGGUGCGUACCUCAGCCUGUACAGCAGAGUCAGCGUUGAGGUCAGAGGUUAAAGGUCAGGGGUCAGAGGUUACCUCGGGUCCUGUUGCUUUCUCCUCAGGCAAGGAGAAGGCCAGCCCUGGUCGCCCGACCGACGCUGUUGACCCUCAGGCCCCCGACAGUGAGUCUGUCAUCGUUGCCAUGGAGAGGGUCUCUGUGCUCUUCGACAGGAUCCGUAAGGGUUUCCCCAGCGAGGCACGGGUAGUGGCCAGGAUCCUUCCUCAGUUCCUGGAUGACUUCUUCCCACCGCAGGACGUCAUGAACAAGGUCAUCGGAGAGUUCCUGUCCAAUCAGCAGCCUUACCCACAGUUCAUGGCUACCGUCGUCUACAAGGUGUUCCAGACCCUCCAUGCUACAGGCCAGUCCAGUAUGGUGACAGACUGGGUGUUGCUGUCUCUGUCUAACUUCACCCAGAGAACCCCAGUAGCCAUGGCAAUGUGGAGUCUGUCCUGUUUCUUUAUCUCUGCCUCCACCUCCCAGUGGGUCUCUGCUCUCCUGCCCCAUGUCAUCAGCCGUAUGGGUAAGAGUGAUGUGGUGGACGUCAACCUGUUCUGUCUGGUAGCCAUGGACUUCUACAGACACCAGAUAGAUGAGGAGUUAGACCGCAGAGCCUUCCAGUCUGUCUUCCAGACCGUAGCCUCACCUGGCAACCCCUAUCAGAAACUACUGGACUGUCUACAGAGUAUCCACCGAGACACAUCACUCUGAGAUGGGUAGCCCCUAUCACCAGACAUCACUCGGAGGGAGGGAGGGAGGGAGGGAGGGAGGGAGGGAGGGAGGGAGAGAGAGAGAGGGAGGGAGAGAGGGAGAGAGAGAGAGAGAGAGAGGGAGGGGCUUUCUUUUUCCAAAUCAGAUGGCCUCAUCUCCUUUCUCUCUCAGCUGCUGAUCUGAAAUAAUUGAAGGGGUGACAGGAAAGCAACAUGAUAGAUGAUGUAUGUAGUGUCUUACUGUACUAGCCAAACAGGAAAGCAGAGAGGUGACAGAGAAGGGAAGCCAUUUUAGAGUGUUAGGACACUGCUAGCUAGCUACUUCUUGACUCCUCCCUUCUAGAGAAAUAAUUGAAAGAAAGAAGAAUUUUCUCCUUGAGAU